AACCGGAGUGAAGGGCGCAUUUUCAAACGAUCCCGGUUUCCUGUUUAAGAAAACAGGGAAUGCCGAGCUGCUGAGUGUGCUCGCGCCCGGGCGGCGUCUCCCAAGCCGGAGGGAGACUUCAUUGGUGAAAAGUCGGCCUAUGGUGUUCGCGCGUGGCCCGGCUAAGUUUACACAAAUGUUGGAACUCUUUUCCUUAUGGGGUAAAGCAGAUGACAUUUUGAAUGGAGACCGUGACAAAGAACAGAAAGACCCUUAUUUUGUAGAGACACCCUAUGGUUAUCAACUAGACUUAGAUUUCCUUAAAUACGUGGAUGACAUACAGAAGGGGAACACCAUCAAGAAACUUAACAUCCAGAAGAGGAGGAAGCCAUCUGUGCCAUGCCCAGAACCCAGGGCCGCACCUGGUGUAUGGACUUCCACGGAAUCCCUCUCAUCUUCCAAUAGUGAUGACAAUAGGCAGCAGUGUCCCAACUUCCUUCUAGCCAGAAGCCAAGUUACAUCAACUCCAGUUCCAAGGCCACCUGCCCCUCUGGAGACCUCACCCCCUUUUCUUACCAUCCCAGAAAAUCGACAGCUGCCACCUCCCUCACCACAACUCCCAAAGCACAAUCUUCAUGUCACCAAGACACUGAUGGAGACCCGAAGAAGACUGGAACAGGAGAGAGUCACCAUGCAGAUGACACCGGGUGAGUUCAGAAGGCCCAGGCUGGCCAGUUUUGGAGGCAUGGGCUCCACGAGCUCCCUCUCCUCCUUUAUGGGUUCUGGAAACCACAAUCCUGCCAUGCACCAGCUUCAGAAUGGAUACCACGGUAAUGGUGAUUAUGGUGGCUAUGCCCCGGCUGCUGCCACCACGUCCUCCAUGGGGAGCUCCAUCCGCCACAGUCCCCUGAGCUCGGGGAUCUCCACCCCAGUGACUAAUGUGAGCCCCAUGCACCUGCAGCACAUCCGCGAGCAGAUGGCCAUCGCCCUGAAACGCCUGAAGGAGCUUGAGGAGCAGGUGCGAACCAUCCCUGUGCUCCAGGUGAAGAUCUCAGUCUUGCAAGAGGAGAAAAGGCAGUUGGCCUCCCAGCUGAAAAACCAAAGGGCUGCAUCACAGAAUGAUAUCUGUGGCAUGAGGAAGCGGUCUUACAGUGCAGGGAAUGCCUCGCAGCUGGAACCGCCCUCCCGGGCCCGGAGAAGCAGCGGGGAAUUGUACAUUGACUACGAGGAAGAAGAAAUUGAGAGCGUAGAGCAGAGCACGCAGAGGAUAAAGGAGUUCCGACAGCUCACUGCGGACAUGCAGGCCCUGGAGCAGAAGAUCCAGGACAGCAGCUGUGAGGCCUCCGCAGAGCUCAGGGAGAAUGGAGAGUGCCGGUCUGUGGCUGUGGGUGCCGAGGAGGACAUGAAUGACAUUGUUGUAUACCACAGAAGCUCCAGGUCCUGUAAGGACGCAGCCGUGGGGACAGUCAUUGAAACGAGGAAUUAUGGGGUCAGUGUGACAGAGGCCAUGCUCGGAGUGACUACUGAAGCUGACAAAGAAAUUGAGCUGCAACAGCAGACCAUAGAAGCCUUAAAGGAAAAGAUCUACCGCCUGGAAGUACAGCUUAAAGAAACCACCCACGACCGGGAGAUGACUAAAUUAAAACAAGAACUUCAGGCUGCUGGAUCGAGGAAAAAAGUUGACAAAGCCAUGAUGGCCCAGCCGCUUGUUUUCAGCAAGCUGGUGGAGGCAGUGGUGCAGACCCGAGACCAAAUGGUUGGCAGUCACGUGGAUGUGGUGGACACGUGUGUCGGGACCUCUGUGCAAACCAAUAGUGUAGGCGUCUCCUGCCGGCCUCAGUGUAAGGAGAAAGUCUCGGGGCCCGAGCUGCCCAUGAAUCGGUGGAUUGUUAAGGAGAGGGUAGAAAUGCAUGACCGUUGUACCGGGAGGUCUGUGGACUGGUGUGACAAGAGUGUGGGUGUGGAAGUCAGCGUCUGUGAAACAGGCAGCAACACAGAGGAGUCUGUGAAUGACCUGACACUCCUCAAGACGAACUUGAAUCUCAAAGAAGUGCGAUCUAUCGGUUGUGGAGAUUGUUCUGUUGACGUGACUGUCUGCUCUCCAAAGGAGUGCACCUCCCGGAGCGUGAACACUGAGGCUGUUGGCCAGGUGGAAGCUGCUGUCAUGGCAGUGCCUCAUACCACCAGCCAGCACACCAGUACGGUUUUGGAACAGGUGAACCAGUCCACCAACACCGAGAUGGCCACCCUCGUAGAAUCUUGCACCAACACUUCCCUAAGCUCUCUGGACAAGCAGACCAGCACCUACACCGUGGAGAUGCGGACGGUGGCUGUAGGAGAAGGUCGAGUCAAGGACAUCAACUCCUCCACCAAGAUGCGGUCCAUUGGUGUUGGAACACUGCUUACUGGCAAUGCUGGGUUUGACAGGCCAUCAGCUGUGAAGACCAAAGAGUCGGGCGUGGGGCAGAUAAAUGUUAACGACAACUAUCUGGUUGGUCUGAAAAUGAGGACCAUAGCUUGUGGGCCUCCGCAGUUGGCUGUGGGGCCACCAGCCAGCAGGAGGAGCGUGGGUGUUGGGGAUGAGCCCGUAGGGGAGGUCCUGGAGAACCCCCCAGCCCAGGCUCCAUCUGGGAUGACUGGCUUGGAUCACUACAUUGAACGUAUCCAGAAACUGUUGGCAGAGCAGCAAACACUGCUGGCUGAGAACUAUAGUGAACUGGCAGAAGCUUUUGGGGAGCCUCACUCCCAGAUUGGCUCCCUCAAUUCACAGCUCAUCAGCACCCUGUCAUCCAUCAACUCUGUCAUGAAGUCUGCAAGUGCCGAAGAGCUGAGGAACCCUGACCUCCAGAAAGCCAAUCUGGGUAAAAUCACAGGAAGUAAUUUGGAAUAUACCUGUAAGUGUGGAAGCCUUCAGUCAAGAGGGCCAUUAAGCACCCAGAUAUCCCAGCCUGAGCAAGAGGUGGGGACCACGGAUGGAAAGGCCCUCAGCAGCCAGGACACCUUCCCCACCGAGGAGUGUGCACUGUCUGCAGUGAACCUGACAGAUGACCAGAUAGCCGCUGGCCUCUACGUAUGUACAAAUAAUGAAAGUACGCUGAAGUCCAUCAUGAAGAAGAAAGAUGGUAACAAAGAUUCAAACGGCACGAAAAAGAAUCUUCAGUUUGUUGGCAUUAAUGGAGGGUAUGAAACAACUUCAAGUGAUGAUUCCAGCUCAGAUGAAAGCUCUUCUUCCGAGUCAGAUGACGAGUGUGAUGUCAUUGAAUAUCCUCCUGAAGAAGAGGAGGAGGAGGAGGAAGAGGAUGAAGACACUCGGGGAAUGGCAGAAGGGCACCAUGCAGUUAAUAUUGAAGGUUUCAAGUCUGCCAGGGUGGAAGAUGAAAUGCAGGUUCAAGAAUGUGAACCUGAGAAGGUGGAGAUCAGAGAGAGGUAUGAGUUAAGUGAAAAAAUGUUGUCUGCAUGCAACUUACUGAAAAAUAAUAUAAAUGACUCCAAAGCUUUGAGCAGCAAAGAUAUGAGGUUCUGUCUGAACACCCUCCAGCACGAGUGGUUCCGCGUGUCCAGUCAGAAAUCAGCUGUUCCAGCCAUGGUGGGGGACUACAUAGCUGCUUUUGAGGCUAUCUCCCCAGACGUCCUCCGCUACGUCAUCAACAUGGCUGAUGGCAACGGCAACACAGCCCUCCACUAUAGCGUGUCCCACUCCAACUUUGAGAUUGUGAAGCUGCUUUUGGACGCUGGUAUGUUGGCUGCACCCAUCUCUUCUCUAACAGCCCUUAGGUCAUGACUCAUCUCAAAAAAGCUGGUUGAGCCACUCCUGAAUUCUCUGACCACCCUAAAAUCCUUUUCAUUGCUUUUCCUUAUGCGUUGACAAGAGUAUUAUUGAGACAUUCAUGGGAGGUUUGAAGUUUACAUAAAACUGGGUGACACAGAUUCCAGAUUGGUUUUGAAAGGAGGUUUUGAGGAUAUUCUUGCUGCAGUUCAGUUGUGUUCAAGUGAGGUGUAUCCCUGGUAAUAAACAUGACUCACGUUCUUUCCUGAGCUGAGUCAUGCAGCCUUGGCUGGUUUGCUCCCAGGAGGCAAAGGGCUGCUCAUAGGCCCAGAGUCAUAACGUUGGUGCUUGUGGAGCAGUCUGUCCUUGCUCCAUGACCACCAUCCUAUGGUCCUGCAGCAGUAGGGGACUCAAGAUGGACACCAGGCCAAGCCACUGUAGCAGAUCAUGGUAGAAUCACCACCAUUCUUGCUAAAACAUACUGUUACUGAGGGAGCAAUAUAGAGGAAACGAGUGUUAUAUGUGAACAAUGAUAGUGAGAAUAGUGAAAAUUUGCUAUCCCAGAAUGUCACCAGCAGCUAUACUAAA